CAAGGCAUACGGUUGCCAUUGCUCACUGGUGACUGGGACGCAAUCGGGGAAAAGAGUUGGGGAUCGGCCGUGUUAGCUGGCCUAUACCGGGAGCUGUGCACUUGCUCGAAGGUGGGAGCAAAACAAGCUGGUGCUGCGAUGUUUAUCCUACAACUGUGGGUAUGGGAGCAUCUUCCAAUGUUCUCACCUCUAGACCCACGUCCAUACCGGAGAGCCGAUGAUGAGCUAAACUUUCUGCAAAAUCCCCCUUAAGGUGUCAAGUUAUUUGGGAUCCAUACCC